CCCCCCGCCCGCGCCCUCCUGCUCGCCCUGGCCGGGGCUCUGCUCGCGCCCCGCGCGGCCCGAGGGGUGAACUUGGGAAGCAAGUUAGCAUCUUCCGUGCAACAGGCCCAAAGGAAGGACUGGGGAGGAGCUGAUGAAGUCAUCAGUGCCUCUCUCUUAAACGGAGACCCCUGGGAUGCCACGAAGAGCAUCGACUCAAAGAAUCAUCCACAAGUGUUGAAUUUUCGAAUACAACUGGAAAGCAAAGAACUGAUCAUAAAUCUGGAAAGAAAUGAAGGUCUCAUUGCUAGCGGUUUCACGGAAACCCAUUAUCUGCAAGAUGGCACUGAUGUCUCCCUUGUUCGAAAUUACACGGGUCACUGUUACUACCAUGGACAUGUGAAAGGAUACUCUGGUUCGAUGGUCAGUCUCAGCACUUGUUCUGGUCUCAGGGGACUUAUUACGUUUGAAAAUAAAACGUACAUCUUAGAACCAAUGAAAAAUGCAACCAAUAGAUACCAGCUCGUCCCAGUGGAGACCCUGACGGGCGUCUGGGGAUCAUGUGGAUCAUCACACCACAACACGUCGGGCCCCGCUGCAGAUAUCAGGCUCCCACCACCCUCCCAGAGGCAGACAAGAAGGCAUAAAAGAGAGACCCUCAAGAUGACCAAGUACGUAGAGCUGGUUAUUGUUGCAGACAACCGAGAGUUUCAGAGGCAAGGAAAAGAUCUGGAGAAAGUUAAGCAGCGAUUAAUAGAGAUUGCUAAUCACGUUGACAAGUUUUACAGACCACUAAACAUUCGCAUAGUCUUGGUCGGCGUGGAGGUAUGGAAUGACAUCGACAAAUGCUCUAUAAGUCAGGACCCAUUCACAAGCCUCCAUGAAUUUCUGGACUGGAGAAAGAUGAAGCUUCUACCUCGCAAAUAUCAUGACAAUGCACAGCUUAUCAGUGGGGUUUAUUUCCAAGGGACCACCAUCGGCAUGGCACCAAUCAUGAGCAUGUGCACGGCGGAGCAGUCCGGAGGCAUCGUCAUGGACCAUUCAGACAGCCCCCUUGGUGCGGCUGUGACCCUGGCACAUGAGCUGGGCCACAAUUUCGGAAUGAACCAUGACACCCUGGAGAGAGGCUGUAGCUGCAAGAUGGCUGCCGAUAAAGGAGGCUGCAUCAUGAACCCUUCAACUGGGUACCCGUUCCCCAUGGUGUUCAGCAGCUGCAGCAGGAAGGACCUGGAGGCCAGCCUGGAGAAAGGCAUGGGGAUGUGCCUCUUUAACUUGCCAGAAGUCAAGCAGUCCUUCGGGGGCCAGAAGUGUGGGAAUGGAUACGUUGAGGAAGGAGAGGAGUGUGACUGCGGGGAGCCGGAGGAAUGUACGAAUCUCUGCUGCAAUGCCACCACCUGUACCCUGAAGCCAGACGCUGUGUGCGCACACGGGCUGUGCUGUAAAGACUGCCAGCUGAAGCCUGCAGGAACAGCGUGCAGGGACUCCAGCAACUCCUGCGACCUCCCGGAGUUCUGCACAGGGGCCAGCCCCCACUGCCCGGCCAACGUGUACCUGCAUGACGGGCACCCGUGUCAGGGGGUGGACGGCUACUGCUACAACGGCAUCUGUCAGACCCACGAGCAGCAGUGCGUCACACUCUGGGGACCAGGUGCUAAACCUGCCCCUGGGAUCUGCUUUGAGAGAGUCAACUCUGCAGGUGACCCUUAUGGCAACUGUGGCAAAGACUCCAAGACUUCCUUUGCCAAAUGCGAGAUGAGAGAUGCCAAAUGUGGAAAAAUCCAGUGUCAGGGAGGUGCCAGCCGGCCAGUCAUCGGUACCAAUGCAGUUUCCAUAGAAACAAAUAUCCCACUGCAGGAAGGAGGCCGGAUCCUGUGCCGUGGGACCCACGUGUACUUGGGCGAUGACAUGCCGGACCCAGGGCUUGUGCUUGCCGGCACAAAAUGUGCAGAUGGAAAAAUCUGCCUCAAUCGUCGAUGUCAGAACGUCAGCAUCUUCGGAGUUCAUGAGUGUGCACUGCAGUGUCACAGCAGAGGGGUGUGUAACAACAGGAAGAACUGCCACUGCGAGGCCCACUGGGCGCCCCCGUUCUGUGACAAGUUUGGCUUUGGAGGAAGCACAGACAGCGGCCCCAUCCGGCAAGCAGAUAACCAAGGUUUAACUAUAGGAAUUCUGGUGACCAUCCUGUGCCUUCUUGCUGCUGGAUUUGUGGUUUAUCUCAAAAGGAAGACAUUGAUCCGACUGCUGUUUACAGAUAAAAAAACCACCAUUGAAAAGCUGAGGUGUGUGCGCCCUUCGCGGCCACCCAGUGGCUCCCAGCCUGGUCAGGCUCACCUCACCCACCUCAGCAAAGGCCCGAUAAGGAAGCCGCCACAUUCCAACACCCUUAAGGACAAUCCCAGGAGAUUGCUGCAGUGUCAGAACGUUGACAUCAGCAGACCCCUCAAAGCCCUGGACGUCCCUCAGCCCAAUUCGUCUCAUCGAGUGCUCCCAGCUCUCCACCAGGCUCCUCCUCGUGUGCCCACCGUCCCCGCCAGACCCCUGCCGGCCAACCCUGCACUCAGGCAGGCCCAGGGAACUCGUAAGCCAAACCCUCCUCAGAAGCCUCUGCCUGCAGAUCCUUUGAGCAAGACGGCCCGGCUCACCAAUGCUGCCACCAGGACUCUGGGACAGCAGGAGUCCAGGCUCCACCUGGCGCCCAUCAGACCCGCUCCUAAACAUCCACACCAGGUGCCCAGACCCGCCCACACUGCCUAUCUUAAGUGAGAAGCAAGCCGACACCUUUUUUCAACAGUGAAGACAGAAGUUUGCACUAUCUUGCAACUCCAGUUGGAGUUAUUUUUUGUACCAACUUUUAGAAUUUUUUUUUUAAUGUUUCAAACACCAUUAUUUUAAGAACUUUGAGCUACUACCAUCGGUGCUGUGCUGUGCUAUGGUGCUCUGUAUACUUGCUCAGGUACUUGUAAAUUAUUAAUUUAUGCCAAAUGCUCAUUACCGUGCAGUGCACUGUAGUAGGCAUUUUUACCAUCACUGAGUUUUCCACGGAAGGAAGGCUUCUUGUGCUUUUAAUAGUUGUGAACUUGAAAUACCGUGCUUUAUGGGAUUCUGGACAGGUUGUUUACUUUUGGAUCGAGGCUUUAUUGGAGAGCAGUUCCCCAGCUACCCAAGGCUGUGGUUAUGGUACCAAACACAGCUCAGCAGACCCCAGGUAGAACCUCGAGUGAUUUUCUGGAACCCCUGAUCUCAGGCCAGAGCCAGA